CCAGCCUAUCAAAAUUUGAGGCAGAAGGUAGACAACUUUGUAUCGACCCACCUGGACAAACAGGAAUGGAAUCCAACAAUGAACAAAAACCAGUUACGAAAUGGGCUGAGGCAGAGUGUUAUUCAGUCAGGAAUGCUGGAAGCUGGAGUGGACAGAAUUAUUUCUCAGGUGGUGGAUCCAAAACUAAACCACAUCUUCAGGCCCCAGAUAGAGAGGGCGAUUCAUGACUUUUUGGCUGCACAAAAGAAAGAGGAAAGUGUGCCAGCUCCUCCUCCAGAGCCUGAGAACAAGGAUCCUCCUGCUCCAUCUCAGGAUGCCUCCUAAAGUGAGUUCCUGAUACUAAGCAGCUGCAGUUGCAAAAUACGUGUCCUGUUAGAUUGGCAAUGGAUUACUUGUUCCAUUUGGUGCAGGAUUGCUGUCUGCCAAAGAUGAUUAACCUUUAUCAGACCUCUGAGA